GUGGGCAACUCAAAUAUUUAUAGGAAAAUUAUGGAGUAUUUCAAUUAAACUCAAAUUAAGCAAAGAAAAUAUCAUUUUAAUUUUUGUGAAGUUAGAAUUAAAAUGAUAUAAUAAAUUAAAGUUUUAUAGGGUUUUAUAUUAGAAGACAAUAUCAUCUUAGCAAUGUAGAAAAAGUUCAUGGUGCUUAUUACGCCGUCGUUUUCGCUGGAUUCGCCUCAAUUAACAUAAACCCCUCAAAACCCUCUCACGGAUCGACAGGCGUUGUUAAGAGAAACGGAGAAAUGGGAAGAGCAGAGAAAGAGAGACUGAAUCAAAUUCUUAGUUCCCACCUCAACACAAUUCAUGACACUUUCCAGUUGUUGGAUCAGACACCAGCUUCAUCACUGGAUAAAGUGAGCUGGGAAGAAGUUGUUAAAAUGGGUGACCAAGUCUCUAAGCAAGCUACUAUUGUUGGAAUGAUUUGGGUUGGGGAAAAACCUGAAGCUAAAGCAAUUGAGGAGAACAUGGCAACAUUCUUCAAUACGCUACAGGGUUUCCUUUUGCUUUCUCAUGGAAGUAAAGUGGGUGCAGGACCUACUCUUUCUUCAUGUAUCCAUGCAUCUGUGAAGCAAGUUGUUGAUUGCAGCUUUAAGUUGAUGAUGGAAACUGUACCUUCAUAUGGAUCUAGCAAUAAAGACUUCAAACUCAUGGUCCCUCAGUUAACUGGUGUAGUAUGGGAGGCAUGCUCUGCUCUUAAGAAGACUCCUGCUACAAACAUUACUGCCAUUGGGCGAGCAAUGACACAAGUUGCAGUUUUAGUGAAGGAUGUUAUUCGUGAGAUGAAGGAGCUCAAGCCAGCUACAUCCAAUCUGAAGGAUGAAGCUUCUAAUGGUUCUUCUCCUAAAGAAGAAAAUGGGCUCCUCAAUGAUGAUAAUUUAAGUGAUGAUGAUUUAGGCAAUGACUUAUCAGCUGAAGAGAUGAAAGUUGUUCAAUCGGCUACUGGGGUGGUGUCUGAAACAGUUGCAGUCAUAAAGGAACUUAUCCGUACCAUCACAGGGUUGCUUAAGCAGGAGAAACCCAAUGAUACUGGUGAUUUUGUGGACUCAUUGGAGAAGUUAUUGAAGCUAUCUCAAGAAAUUGUUAAGCAGAUUGAUGAGCUCGGAGCUUGCCUUUAUCCCCCACAAGAACUUCCUGCUAUAAAGGCAGCUUUGAAGAACAUAACAAGUAUCAUUGAUCAAGUGCUGUCCAUAGUAGAGAGUUUCAAAAGCUGUCCAGAAACUUUCUUUCAGGCAUGCAAUGGUUUGAGGGGUUCAAUAAAACAGAUGGAACUUGAACUAGACGGCGCCUGUACUACUGAAAUAGAAGCCAAAAUGCAGGAUGUUGCUCUCAGCACUUAAGAGAGAGAGAGAGUGAGAGGUGAUGGGUUUUGAUCCUUAAUCUUUCAUUAGCUCAUUUAGAGUGGCUAAUACAUGUUCUUUAUCACCCAAGGACUUUACAUGUAUCAUUCUUGUUUCUGCCAACACUAUUAAUAGAGGGAAAGGACAUGAAACACUGAGAAACGAAAUUAUUAGAUGGUGAAA